AUGGGUGCGUGUGGUAGUAAAAAACGUAAAGAUUCAACACCUACUCCGACAGCAGGCUCAACCAAUGGCAUUAGAGCAUCAUCACGCUCCGCUAUUUCAGCAUCAGACAGUGGAUCAGAAAAACGAUCAAUAACACCCUCAAGUCCCAAAUCAAGUCCACCAUCGAAAAAGAAAAGUUCGGAAAAAACAUCCACAAUCAACCGUCCAGAAAAACACAAACUCGUUCUUGUAGACAAUUGGCUACCGACUAAACAGAUUAAUCAAACAGAGAGUGGCGGACAACACAAAUCAUCAUACAAUCGACCGGGAAUAAAUGACCGGUUUGUCGAAUUCGCCUUAUCUGGUCGUGUUUUGAGCGAGCUGAUUGAGGACAACCCACCUCCAAAAGGAUGGAAUGAAAAGUUAAUUCGAAGUUACCCAGUACAAUGUACGGUUUUGUGCAAAGGAACAGAACAAUCGGUGUACCAAGCAGUCAUUCAUGUCAACGAUGAAUGCUUGUCAACCAAACGUACCUUCCUUUCUUUCUAUCAAAUAAAACCUCAUCAGAUGAACCCCGAGGAUUUCGUCGCUUGGUGUCAAACCAACAAGAUGCACAAUACAGUCGCGGAUUAUAUAAGUCUGUACAUUGCCUCCCGAUUUCAUGGCCCCGGUAGUACUUGUUUGCGCGGUAUGAUCCACGAAAAGCGACUGAUAAAAAUCGAAAUGACGGACCGUUUCAUCACACCAAGAGGUGUAUACCGAGCGAUUGUAUUCCAAGCCCGUAGCAUGCCUUCAGUAUGUCGUCUAGUGAACAUCUAUUUGCAACGAUUGAGUGCCUCUGACUAUCAACGAGUGCGCUGUGCUCUUCCCGAUGUGACAAAACUAAAUCCGGAUGACUGGAAACUGGAACGCCUACUUGUGAAAGAUAUCUAUUCACGGCCCUAA